AUGGCUGCUAAUCGGCAUGUCCAUGAGAGCAAGCCAGGUCACAUUGCCGAACUUCGACGCCGGGAAGAGUUGGUUCAGGCCAACGAGGCCGCGGCCGAUUUACUAGCGCGGGGUCCGCCUGACAUGCAAUGGACAUCGGCUCAUGAUAACCUGCCAUCCCCUUCGCCUCCAAUCAACGCCACAUCAGAUGAACUACACGCUGAUCUGCAAUUCAUCGACCGAGACAACUGCUUCAAUGAUCCAGCAAUUGCCCAAAGUCGGGCCUCAUCUGAAUCAAGGGGAAGCAGCGAGAGCGGCGGGUGGGACGGACUCAUACCGGAGGACUUCCCCCCAGUGGAUGAUCUGACUGCUGCUGAUGCGGAAACGGCUGGUCAAGCUCGCCCACGAAGGGUUCCAAAUCAGGAUUGGUGGCCCUUCCGUGCAAAGGAGUAUCUCGUUAGCUGCUUGCUCAUUGGACACACCCGGACGAUCAUCUCUCGAGAGAUGUAUCAACACGUUAGGUCAAUGUUUGACCUGUGUGGAACACUGCUGCCUGAUUGGACUACUGUCCGACGUGGAAAGGGAAAAUUGCGGAAGAUGAUUGGGAUGGACGUUAUUGGUCGCCGAUCGGUGCUCAACCGGCCAGUUCACUAUCUCAGUCUCCAGAAGACGCUUGCACUAGAGAUUGCCAAUCCUUUUGUCAAACCUCACCUCAAAUACUAUCCCGAAAUCAGUGCUGGUCAACCUGUGUCGCGGUUGUCUCAGUCUCGCAAGUGGCUCAAGGAACUUGGGCCUAAUACUAGGGCGCCGAUGGUGCGAGACGGAGGUCGAGAUUUCUACCUGCAUGAGUUAGUACAGCUCAAGUCCAGUCUUAUUGUGGUGCCCGACUUCUUCUGUGAAUUAGAUGGGGAAAUGUACGCCCUGUGUCAAACUCCCGACAUCCAAAUCUGCAACGAAACGGGUCAGUUGAUGUUCAUGAUCACAAAGAACCCCCCCUCCGACUCUCCAAAGUUGGCUCGCAUAGCGGUUGCAGAGUUCGGAGUGGACUAUCCGUCAAUGACUGUUGAUGGAGGGGGCCUGAUGUCUGACUUGUGUGGUAACAGGAUGUACGAGCUAGGGACUGAGAGAGAGGUUAUUGGCCCCAUAUUUAAUCGGUGGCGAUUGAAGGCCGCUGGAAGAGCUAUACGACAUAUGCCAAUCUGUUUAUAUGCCGACGACACCUCUGGCAACAGUUCAAAGAAAUGGAACAAGCAUAUAUCAUAUUACUUUACGCUGGCAGGCCUUCCACCAAAACUCACCAACCAGCAUUUUAAUUGUCAUUUCCUCUCGACCUCCAACAGCGCUGGGGCAAUGGAACUGGCUGAGGGUAUUGUAGAUGAGUUGAUUACCUUGACAGAACAGGGAUGUGUUGCCUACGACAGCGGCCUGGGCGAAGAAGUGUUGAUCACAUCAAGUCUGCUUUGCUUCUUGGCGGACAGUCCGAUGCAUGCCGAAAUUACAAGCACUGUCAUGCCCGGCAAUUCUCGCAAUCCAUGUUGUGCAUGUGAUUUGUCGGUCAUACUCCGCACUGACAUUUUAGCGGAACAGAUCAAGAAUGGUCCCCGAUCAUGGAUGGGCGUAAUUGCAAACUGCUAUCUACUUUGGGACAUUUCAAAGCAGCCACGAACAAAGACCCGGGUGGGUAUCUUGGGUGGUGACCUGGGCGUAAAGGAUGCAGUUAACAACGAAAUAAUGAUCUUCAAGUACACUAUUCUUGCAAAGGGCGAUUCUGCCACUCCGGCCAACCAGGCAUUUAUUCGUCGAAUUGCUGAGCUCGACCAAAAUGAUCAAACAAGGCUAUUUAAUCCUUUUUUUAGACUACCGGAUUUUGAUGGGUGUACUGACACACCGGUAGAGGUGCUGCAUGUGUUCCUACUAGGUGUUGUGAAAUAUAUGGUUCGGGAUGUCAUGGGCCGAGCAAACCCAGUCCAAUUGGGAGACGUCGAAGGCUGGUACCGAUCAUUCAGCACCAAAUCUCUCAACAUCCCAUCUCUAUCACCAAACUACAUGGCCAAGCACUCGUCCAACUUUGUCGGCAAGGAAUUUAAGGUGGUUCUGCAGAGUGCCCCAUUUGUCCUCUUUGAAUUGUUUGAUGACGAUGAACGACUUUCGUGGAGUGCGCUGUGUGAACUGGCCCCCCUUGUCUUCCAAACCCGUAUAGAAUACAUGGACUUGUACCUUGCCGACUUGCGCUUUCACAUCCAGAAAUUCCUUUAUUACAUUAUCAGAACAACAGCACACAAGUCUUUUUGCCACCGAGAAGUUCGAAAGCUACAAUGGCGUGCUACGGAACGCUUCCAUACAUUAAAAUCGGCAAAGUCCUGGAAAAGACAUCGCGGUAACGUUUGCCAACUACAAGGUUAUCAGGCACCUCACUUGUGGCGGAUACUUCGAGCACCCAAAGCACCCAAAGGUCUACAUAACCUCUGCCUCAGGAGUAGCUCAGCUCUUCAAAAACAACUCACGAGUCCAGAAAUCAAUGGACUACAACAAGAAAUGUGCGUCAGUCGAGGCCGAGUUCCCUUACCCACUGAACAUUCGACUGCGCCCUGGGGAGCAGAGGCAGAUUCCACCGCCUUUGCAAUUUCAUCUACCAGGCCGGCAGCUAUUUCAGCUGGUUGGCAUGCAAUUGAAUUCCCAUCGAGCCCUACGGAAGGGUGUCUUUGUAUUGAUACGGUCAGUGGAGGCAAACACACUCCAUUCGGUUGGGAUGUGGUGUCUACAAUCAAUGUCCAGCAUAAUUGCCAUGCAGGAGGAUGCAAGGUGACUUCAACAGGAACGGUUCGUGUUGAGCGGGAGGAGUCUGAGGAAAACAACAAGACAGUGACACAUAAGGACACUUUGCAUUACUUGGUAAAUUCACUGGAAAUACCAGGUGCGAGGGGGCUACGUCGCUGGGUUGACAUCCCACGGGGUGAGGAAGAAGUAAGGCAGCUUAUCCCAAUGCUACAACGGGGUUUGGCAGUGUGGCACAACUUGGGAGACGAUGAUGGCCCUGAAGAGGAGUAUUUUGAUGCUCCGUUGGCAGAACGCAGGGAGUAA